AUGUACCCAAAAGACCAUGUCUUUCAGAUGGAAGUUGCUGUUCACAUAUGGUGUGCCCAAGGUUUCGUGGAACCUCAAGGUCAAAUUCCUCUUUCAGAUAUUGCGCGUUCCUAUUUUCAAGAACUUAUAGACCGCUCACUCUUUCAAGAAGCUGAGGGGGCACCUGAUGCAUACGUCAUUCAUGAUUUGAUCCAUGAUAUGCUCCAGUUAGUCUCAGCAAAUGAAAGUUUCGUCGUAAGAAAUGAAUAUGACCUUCUAAAUGUUCCUCAAAAUGUCCGGCAUUUGUCACUGUUCACAGAGGAGAAUUUUGAUUCCAAAAGAUUUAUGAUUCUAUCUCAGCACAAGAAGCUGCGGACAAUUUUUAUCAAGGAAUCAUUGAACCAGACUGCUCUUAUUCCUGUAAUUGACUGUUGGUCCAGUGCCUUGAAAUAUCUCCGUUUUCUGUCUUGUGGCUUUAAUGCUAUAAAGGUGCUGCCUGAGACUGUUGCUCGUUUUAAGCUUCUGAGGUGCUUAAAGUUUGGAAGCUCCAGGACUUGUACUUUUCAUACAUUCCCAGAGUCAUACUGUUGCCUUUAUAAUCUGCAAACGUUCGUGGGGCUAAGCUUCAUAUUCCAGAACUUACCAAGGAACUUCACUAGACUUGUCAACUUGCAGCACUUCAGAAUUAAUACUCUUACUCAUCAGAGACACUGCACACUAUAUUCUGUUCCUUCCGAGUUCUCCCAUAUCAGAUUGCUAAGGUACAUGAAUCUUAAGGGAGAACUGAAUCUGGAAGGCAUGUCCUAUCUGCAACCAAAUGAUGUACAACAGCUCGAAAUGAGCAAAAGAAAGGAUAUUCGGAAACUAAUAUUAGCUUUUGACCAGCGUAGGGGCACCUCUGAUAGUGAUAUGGAAGUUCUUGAGGCUCUUUGCCCCCAUCCAGAUGUCAUUCAGUGCCUGGAUAUCAAGUAUUUCAAAGGCGACUUAAAUCCUACUUGGUUUAAGCCAUCAAACCUGCAGAGCUUAAUGCAGCUCCACUUCAUAACAUGUGAUAUACGUACAGUAUCUUGGGGUGGUGACCAUGCUGGCACUAUGUUCUCAGCUCUCACUUUUUUGAACAUUUCUAUGUGCAGCAGACUGUCUUCGCUUGAACAACUUCUACAGGCACCUGGUCUUCCAGCAAUCAGAAUAAUUAGUAUUGACCGUUGCCCAGAGUUGGUGAACCUUCCUGUUGAAACCUUUGAAGCUUUUGAAUGUCUUGAAACACUGAGCAUCUGGAGCUGCCCAAAGAUUAAUUGGGAAAUGCUUGUUGGGUUGCCGCCUUCAUUGCAAUAUCUGAACAUGAUUGAUUUUGGUCAAUUUUCUGAUCACUUCCUGAGCUGCCUGGAAGAUCUAGCAUCGCUACUGAAACUGAAUUUAUCUUCUGAAUCUUUGACUUCAAUUCCCAUACAACAAUGGUCAUCUCUACUGCGCCUGGAUGUUUGGAACUGUAGCAAAUUAACAACAGUUGACUUCACUCCUCGUUCCUUACCAGCAGUAAAAGUAAUCACAAUUCGAAAUUGUGAAGCUUUAUUGUCUCUACCUGGCGAAACGUUUGUGGAGUUCUGUUGUCUAGAGGAAUUGAUGAUACGUGAAUGUCCAAAUAUUGAGUGGAGAGGCUUGACAUUUCCUAUAUCGCUUCGGGAGCUGUACCUCAAUGACUGUGGAGACAUCUCACCAUGGGUUCCGAACUCACUGGAGCACCUCAACCACUUAACCCAUCUGGCGUUGAUGAACCUCAAGUACAUCAAAUCUAUCUCUGCACAAAUAUGGGCACAGAGUUUGUCAAAGCUGGAAUUCUUGCAGAUCUGUGAGUGUCCUCAUCUGCAAGCGAUUGGUGGUCCCAAAGGAAUUGCAGGCAUUACUAAUGCAUUUGUUGAAUCGUGUGACAAGCUAAAGGGUAUAAAGCAACCUUUCCGGAGAGGUAGAAUGGCCCACUUCGGCCACUUUUGA